GCAAAUUUAGUGCACGCCGUACAAAGGACUAGUGACCUGCUUUAGCUGGCCUUUUUAACAAGGUGUUUGGCAGACCACUGAUCUAACUAAGUAUGGGCGUAACGUUGUAUUUUUGAAGGAAACCUACCUUGUUAAGCGUUUUCCCAGAACUGUUGUUCUGUUGGCUUGCCAACAUAAUGUAAUUUGCAUUUGAUCUAAUUUAGCUGUUCUUAAUCUGUCCUGAAUACUUGUUUCGGUUUCGUUCGUUAGUCUUUUUGACACAUAUGACUGAUGAUCACGAAGCUAUUAGUAUCGUUGAUGUAUAUUUAAAAAGUUCAUUGAUCCAUUUCGGUUCUCUUGUUCCCUUCAUAUAAGUUUGUAGUAAUAAUCAAGGGCGAUGCUAGUUAAGGGGCUCCCGGGGGGCGCGAGCAGAGUCAACAUGAAGCUGUACAGCCUGAGUGUCCUUUACAAAGGAAUUAAUAAAUCCAACUUGCUCAAAGCUGCGUAUGAUCUUUCUUCCUUCAGCUUUUUCCAAAGGUCGAGUGUGCAGGAGUUCAUGACGUUCACAAGCGCCCUCAUCGUAGAACGCUCCUCGACCGGGACACGCUCCUCCAUCAAGGAGCAAGAGUACCUGUGCCAUGUGUACGUCAGGAACGACUCCCUCGGUGGCGUCGUGAUUGCGGACGGUGAAUAUCCCUCGCGGGUGUGCUUCACGUUGCUGGAUAAGGUGCUGGAUGAGUUCUCCAGGCAGGUGGACAGCAUAGACUGGCCGUCUGGCUCUCCAGCCACCAUCAGCUACACGGCCUUGGACAGCUACCUCGCCAAGUACCAGAAUCCUCGAGAGGCUGAUGCUAUGACCAAAGUGCAGGCGGAGCUGGAUGAGACCAAAAUCAUUUUGCACAACACGAUGGAGUCACUCCUGGAGCGAGGGGAGAAGCUGGAUGACCUAGUGCAGAAGUCAGAGCACCUUGGCACGCAGUCCAAAGCCUUCUACAAGACUGCACGGAAGCAGAACUCUUGCUGCGAGGUCAUGUGAUGGAGAUGGACGGUCAUUCUAGGCCCUGCCCCCCCUCCCCUUCCCACAGAUACCAUUGUUACUGCGAAGGUCCUGGAAACUCGCAGCCAGUUCCGGGGGCUCGUGGAGCAGCCAGUCUGGGACUUAGUGGUGGACUGGUGGGAAAAAUUUAUAUCUGAGGUCCUGGGUGAGGGUGAGGGGGGGUGGGGCACAGAGGGUGGGGGCAGGGGGCACAAAGUCAAACCCAUAAGCGAGGCUCAGCUGUAGAGAUGGGCCUGAGUCGUAUAUCAUGCGUGUUCUCUGCUUCACAAUUGGUUUGGUGCAAAGCUGCUUGAGCGAAUAUGUGCUGUGAACGAGUCCCCCCCCCCCUUCUCUCUCUCCUCGUUUCCUUCCACAAUGUCUGUUGACUGGGUUGGGUGUUAAUGUCAUUGUGCCAUUCAGUGGUUUAUAAAAAAAGAAAAAGCAAACUAGCCUUGUUCGGGUUUUUCUGGCCUUAAUUAUCCUGAAUAUUAAAUAGGCAUUCAUUUAAAAAAUGGUGCUGUUGUCAAGCAUAGGAAACUGUGUUCCUUAAGAUGCAAACGUUGGUCCUGAAUGUGGAGACGGCACAUUUCUGACAGUGCUGUAUGUUCGCAAGCUGCUGUAGAAGCGCAAGCUGCCUCGACAGACUUUGCCACCAGAUGGCGAUGUCUCCCUAGUUCUGUCCCUAUAUUGCGGUCCAGCACGUAUAUUUUGAUGUUAGGACCUCUGCACCAUGUCGUAGCUUUAAACAUCUACCAGGCAUUCAGUAUCAGUAUAGCUAACGGCGUCCAAAACUAGGCAAGGGGCUAGAGCUUGGAGCUUUUUGAGAAACGGGGCAACCUUGGGUGGCGUUUGGGCUCUACGCCGAGAAGAUAUAGUGGGCUUCUGUUAACCAUGACUUACACCAGGCCUUUAAAACAUCUGAAAAGCUGGUCUUCUACGCUGGGCGACUCUGUGGUUUCUCACCACUUGGCAUCAACAGUCCAAGCUUCUGCAUACGGUAAAACAGAUGGGAAUAGUGCAGAACAUUAUGCACAGUAACCUAUCCCACAAUUAUUAUUAUUAUUCGUAAGAACGUCUGACUUCUAGUCUUGAUGCUUGAUUGAGCUGUUGUGAAACAGACGGAUAUUACAUUUACUAAAAAUUGUGGUUAAUCAAAUUUAGGAUUUUUAACUUGUAAUAAGUAACAUUAGUGAGCUUAUCUAAAUGUUGUACUUACUGAUUAACUGUAGACUGCUUAUUGAUGGUUAAACAACUUAAUUUAGUUUAUAUAUAUAACCAGCACAUGGACAAAUACAGAACAGUCAUGAUUCACCAAAAUCACAUAAAAUCACAGUUGAGCUUAAUGAUCAGCAGUGAAACCAUCAGGUUUCUUAAGUGCCAGUUUAAGGGAAAAUUACUUCAUUAUAGCAAAAUGUUCAACCUUUGAUGCGUUUGCCCAGGCCGUCGUAAAAGCUGCUCCAGGAUGGAUGGAUGGAUUUUUUCCACUGACAAAUAAAGAACAGAAUUUUGUCAUUAUAUAUGGAGGAAUGUUAAACCUCAUUUUCAAUCGGUUUAGUUUAUUGUAGUAGACAAAUGUUAAUGAUAAAAUCAGGACACACGACAAAUAUCAUCUACAUUGGCAAUUUUGCAAAUAUUCUCUAAAUAUGCAUCCGUCUGUUAGGAGGAAGCGGUAUUGUUCAUGUCCGUAUAAAAAUUAUCAAAGGACAAACCUAUAUUUUCCCAUAUAACACGAUUCUUCCUAAAUUAGAGACACACCGGCAUUCAUGUGGACUGCAGCAGUUCAGCUUCCUUAUUUCAGAUGAUUCUUUGCUGCUUCUUGGAGCAACUUGGGGUGCUGAUGUUGUAAGGAAAAAAACAUUAUUUUUGAGAUGCGUAAAGUUAAUAAGGUAAUUUCAGGAAAAAUAAAGGCAAUUUGAAAUUCACUCCUUGAACGGUGAAAAUGCAUCAUUUCAAGUUGUUUUUUUAAUAGUCUGUAGAGUGAUUAUGGAAAUGUUUUGUGCAUCUGAUGCCUUUAAUACAAGUUUCAUCUUUCCAUUGGCUUAAUGUGCUGGUAUUUGGUGUGUGUGAGUGAGUUUCUUGGUGUCAUUACACAUUAUACAUGCUGUUUAAAAUAAAUAAAUGCGUCUUGGGCUUGUCUAAGACACUGCUGUAAAAUGACCCAUACCGCUCAAUGUGGCCUGUGUGUGUGUGUGUGUGUGUGUGUGUGUGUGUGUCUUCGCGUUUUUUGUGUUAACUUCGGGAUUUGACCCUCUUGACAAAAUACCAAGGGUUUUGCUUCCGCCAUAGGGCUUGAAAAAUAGCUUGCAAAUGCGUAUGUACAUUCAGAUUAAGUUAAAUGCAUAAAUAAGCUCAAAUUUUAGUAUUUGAGCAGUAUUUCUCUUUUCAUAUUUCUGUGGUUUUGAUUUAGCCCACUGUGCUUCUAUUAAAUAUUUGACCCCCCCUAUUCAAAUAACAUCUAGUGGUUUUCCCAGACUAAUUUCUGCAUAUACUUGGCAUUCCCAGCUCGAUUUGGGUUUAUUUACAGGUUUGUGCUCAAUGCAGCAUUGAAAGUGGAAUUGUAUGGAAAUGUGACGUGACUCACUACCUUAUUUGUACUUGCAUCUCUAAAUUGAUUUAUAGGGUCGACGUAAUGUUUGGUAUUAAAUAUGUAAUGUGUCUAUUAAAUUUCCUUAAAAAUUAAAACUACUUGUCAGAAAUUUUUUGGUCUUGUAAUGGUACCAGUGUGAAGCUGCUCAUUCUGUAGUGUAUCAGAUGACAUCCAUGUGUCUGUGUCUCUCUGGCUCCUUGUUCCUCCCAGGUCUUUUGUUGAUUUGCUUACCUGCUUAUUGUUUGAUGACCACGCUGCAAAGCACCCCCAGACAGUCCAUGUGGAGAUGUGCCAAAUUCUACUUUAUGGUCAAAUGCGAUACUUUAUUUAUACGCUCCCCAUAACAAAGUGGGCACCCUGGGUUUGACGUACCGUUCCCCUCCAUCAUUUGUAUAAUAAAAUUAAUACACGUUCGCUUGUAGUUCUUUUUCUUUUUUUUCAAACACUUCUUUGGAUAAUUUUAUUUUAGUAUUGCCUUUUCUUAAUUGCUGUUUAUGUACCUUGCAAUCUUGUUUAAAUAAAGGAUAUGAACUGUU